AUGUCAGCAAAACUCUGCAGGCACAGGCAGGUCUACCAAGAACUACAUUUUGGAAGGACUACUUCAACUACAGCGAAAUACUUCUUAUCCGUUUAAAAGUGCUUGGAAUGACUACUUCAACUACAGGGAAAUACUUCUUAUCCGUUUAAAACUGCUUGGAAUGACUACUUCAACUAGAGGGAAAUACUUCUUGUCCAUUUAAAAGUGUUUGGAACAGCUGCACAAUAAUGCAGGUUUGAGAAGAAAUACAUUAGCAUUUUAACUUUGAUGACAGUUGAAAAGGAAGGUCGGGAAAAGAAGGAGACUGAGUUGAUGUGAAGAGGCAAGAAUACAGAAGCCAAUCGAGAGGAGCCAGCAGGCCUGUCAGGAGCAGCUGUAGUCCCUCCCCGGGCCGCCGGCCUGCUAAAUGCUGCUGCCUCGCAGGGACGAUGGUGACGGUGUCGGUGACGGUGAUGGUGGAGGGCUGCUAAACAUGGCGGCGCUCUCCGAGGAUGGGAGCUACGGAUUAGUUAGUGGCCAGCAGGGCGCUGACAGAGUCACCGUUUUACACGUCAAGUUGACCGAGACGGCGCUCAGAGCCUUCGAGAGUUACCAAAAUAGCACGAAUGUACCCUCUCUGCAGCCAACAAUACAAUUCAAGGGACUCCAAGGGCGCAUUAAAAUACCCAAGACAGAUUCCUCCUCAGAUGCCUCCCACAAUUUUGAUUUCUUCCUGUCCAAUGUUGGCAAAGACAACCCUCAGGGAAGCUUUGAGUGCAUCCAACAGUAUGUUUCCAGCUCAGGGGCCUCUCACCUGGCUUUGUUGGCGACUGUGCAGGACAAGGUCACAAUAUGUGCCACCAAUGACUCCUACCAGGUGACCCGGGAGCGAAUGACCCAGGCUGUAGAGGACACGCGUGAACGUGGGACCAAAGUCAUCAAACCUGGUGGCCAGUACAGAGGAAAGCAAGUCCAUGUCCGUAAACCAGCACUUUCGGCUCCUGACGUUGUCCCGGAGCGCAAGCGAUCCACACCUAUCAACCCAGCCAACACUAUCCGCAAGUGCCUUUCCAACAACCCUGUGUCUCAGCGGCCAUUCCGGGAUCGUAUUGUUCACCUGUUGACACUGAGGUCCUACAAAAAACUGGAAUUACUUGCCCGUUUGCAGCGGGAUGGAAUCAACCAGAAGGACCGGAACUCCUUGGGGACCACUCUUCAACAGGUGGCAAACCUUAACCCCAAAGACAACACAUUUUCACUGAAAGACUUUAUUUACCGUGAGGUCCAGAGAGACUGGCCAGGGUACUCUGAAGACGAAAAGACCCAGGUGGAGCGGAUCCUUGCUCGCAAACUUGGGCUACCUCCAGAGGCGCUCUCAUCAAACAACUCUCCCAAAGACGGGGUACCUUCGUCCCCGCUGAAGCGCCAGCCAGAUUUUGACUUCAUAGAUCCUUUGGCUCCAAAGAAAGCCCGUAUCUCCCACCUCAGCAAUCGAGGACCAGCCGCAUCUUUACCCUCGUCAUCCUCAGACCGCCGUGAGGAGGAGGAGAGUCCCAGCACUAAAUGCUCGUCCCUGCCCUCCAAUGUCAUCUUGGGCCCUCCCAGCCAUCUACCAAUUCCAUCUCACCCUCCAGCGCCCUCUCACCAGCAGCCAAGUCCAGCCUCCAGCUCCAACUCCCCCAGCACCCCUGAAGGCUGCGGCACCCAGGACCUGCCCGUGGACCAGAGUUCCUCUUGCAGGGACCCUUCCCCAAGUUCUUUGUCUUCUGAUAGAGCCCUUCAGGAACGUUACCAGCCCCCCACCGCAGUCACCAGAUCAGCUGCCUCCCCGAGCCUUCCCCCCCGUACCUCACUUACUGUUACCUCGACUGUGAUCAGCAGCCCUCCCUUGCCCAGCUGUGACAACAAGAAGUUCAAAAAGAAGUCCAAAAAGCACAAGGAGAGAGAUCGCCAACGAGACAAAGGGAAACGGACAGAAAGGGGAAGCAACAGUUCCCCAAGCGUGGCCGAACAGGCUGUGGAGAGUCUGAAAUCUAAAAAGAAGCACACCGUAGAGGACGAUAGAAGAGAAGUCAAUGAUAAGAAUCCUCACAUGGAUCAAGACUCCUCAGAAAAAGCCAAGAAGCCGAGCCAGUCUACUCUUUUCUCAGCCACGAUAGAGGCGCCUGAUUACGAAACCAAGUACAAGGCGCUGGCGUCCAUGGACCAACGACAGAGCUACAAGAACGACUUCAAUGCCGAGUACGAGGAGUACCGCCAGCUGCACGCCCGCGUGGAGAACAUCACUCGCCGCUUCACGCAGCUGGACUCUCAGUGCCGCAAACUGACACCUGGCACCAAAGAGUAUCAGAAGGUGCAAGAAGAAGUGUUGAAAGAGUACAAGAAGAUGAAAGAACACAGUCCUAACUACCACGGGGACAAACAGCGCUGCGAGUACCUGCACAACAAGCUGGCACACAUCAAGCGGCUGAUAGCCGACUUCGACCAGCGCCGAGCCCACACCUGGUGUUGAGGUGCCACCACCUUACGGAUCAGUAUUGCCAAGGGAGUGUCAAGCUGGGGGCCGGAGGGUCCGACUAGCUCUUAUUUAUGAACGACCUCCAAAAUUGCUGCCUCGCUCUCCCUUCCUUCGCCCUCCUCCCUCCUCCCUUUUCCAACCUUAGAUUCCACAGGCUUCGUUCUGGCCUGAGAUGUUCAGAAUCUCUUCUGACUUCCCCUCAUCCUUGGCUUUUCCCCAUUUUUCUUUCUUUCUUCACUCUGCGGUUUUGUGGAUGUUUCCACCAGUAGGGGGCGACUUGAAGAGUCAAUGGGUUUUGGGGGAAACUCUUCCUAUGUUUGAAGGACUUUAUCUUGCAGGAAAAAAAACAUAUUUUUGAGCUUCAGAGAAAUUAUUGUAUUUAAGAAAAAUAAGAGGGAGAUCUAUUUAUUUUGGGACUCGUAGAGCAAAAAAAAAAAAAAAAAAAAAAAAGAGUCCGCAGAUGAUUAAAGUUUUUGUUAAACAAUGCAAAAAACAAAUUACCGUGGGCCUUAUGUGUUCUGACAUUGUGAAGCCAUUUUGCACAUAAGAUGCAGAUGUCAUCUCAUUUGGCAAAGAUACGCUGCUGACUUGAGAACCAGCGGCCAGGGCGUGAGACGCCAUGUAGAGGGAAGGUGAACACCCCCUAGGGGGCAGUGUUGCCGCCACCAACAGUGUUUCAUGUCCACUGUGCCUUCUAAGGUGUUUACACUCAAUGUUGGUGGAGGUGUGGUGACACUUAGUCUAUACAAAGGAACUAGGACUGCCUGGAAACAGGCUGUGUUUGUGUGUGUGUGUGUGUGUGUGUUACAGAUUGUCUGCCUGAAUGGUUGUACUCCAUAUGGUGUGCGUGAUUAAGAAAACUAAAAAUGUGGAGGGAAAAAAAAGAAACUUGAAAAAAAGCUGCUAUAGUAUUGGACCAGCCAAAACAUUCAGGAUCUGCCCGGCUGGAGUAACAGAGACUCUUGUGUUGUGUUUGUGGCUCUUCACCAGAGACAAAUGUAUCAUGAAGUCAAACGGAUUUGAUCAGUUUCAGUUCUGCAGAGCAUUAAGAGUUCAGAGUAGAUUUUUUUCUUUAUAUUUGGUCAAGAUUGACAGAAUGCAUCUUCUGAGAAAUGAUGGAAGUCUCUAUGUUAAAACAAGGGACAUUUUGUUUACAAAGCCUGUGUUAGAAUCUCAGUCAUUAAAAUACUCUGGUACACUUGGUAGGAUCUCUGAUUAGUGACUGGACUGACUUCAAACAAUGACCAGUUCAUGCGUCUGGACGAGUACAAACUAUCAUGUCCUGGUUCUUCACAUCACAUUACGUUUCCUCCGAGGUGAGGAAGCAAUCACUACAAGCUCAGUGCUUUUGUCCUUUUGUCCGGUGUUACUCAGACUCUACUGGUUCCCAGUGGACCGGCUCUAACUAUGCAGGAUUGAAGGGCUUUGACAUUCUGUACAUGUAGUGCACCUGUGUCGCUACUUAGCCAAAGAUGGAGCCUGAAGUUGAAUUGGUCUCAUGAGAGGAAGUGAAGAAGAGGGUUAUUCAAAACAAAGUCUUAAAAUGAGAAAGAGGAGAACAUAAGAUACACAUCAUUCUUUGGCAGUAUUCAGCCACAGAUUAAGAAAAAAUAUGAAGGAUCAAGAUAUUAUGAAAAUGUACAAAACAUUUCAAUAAAAACCCACUUUGCUUUAA